AGGAGAACGCCAAUUUUGCCUUCACGGGCAGCUUUCCAUUCGAGCACGGACGCAUGGGCUUCAAGAACAUACACGACGUGAACUCCGUCGGCGACUUCUGGUCGUGGCUCAACCUGGGGCUGCUGCCGCUCUUCUUCCCCGAGAGGGGCACCUGGGACGUAUCCGAGAGCCGCGUCAACGUCGCGGCCCAUUGCCAGUCCUUCAAGAGUUCCCUGCAGGCGGCCGCCUGGCCUGAGUCGAGCUUGGCCGGCACGAAGGACGCGACCAACAUGCACGGCACUUUUCUGAGACCCGGCGGGGUGCAAUGCCCCGAGGGCGGCGACGGCCCCGAGCGCCCCAAGAGCGUCUACGGGGAGGAGCAGGUUGCACCGUACCUCUUCCAUAACGAGAUCGUAGUGGGCAUGCGGAUGCAGCAGGAGUACACGCCGGAGGUCAAGUGCCCCGACAGCGCCGAGAGGUUCCGAGGGGAGCUGUUCGGCGGCGAGUGCCUGGACUUCGGCCCGUACAAGCUGCAGCCCGAGCUGAGCACCAUCCUCCAAGGCGACCGGGAGCUCCUGGACCACCCUAACGGACGAACCGUGUACCUUCCUACUCGCACGCCGCUGACCACACUGCUGAACAUCACCAGGCAGUUGGAGAAUGAGGUCUGGUUCAGCCCUAAGACGAGAAAGAUUAAUUUGCUGUACACGACCUACAACCCAUCCUACAACACCAUGACCGGCACGUUCUUGUUUUUUGUUUUGACCCGUUCAGGACACAUAUUCAAGGUUGUUGAGCCGAUCACUGUUGUUAUGGACGCCUACCCCACCUGGGGAAGUUAUGUGCCCGACCUGGUCUGGUUCCUCUGCAUAGUGAAGCUCGGGGCCGCGGAGUUCAUUGAAAUCUCCCAGUUCUGGCGCGAGUUUGGGGCCUGGGAGGGCACUGCCAGAUAUGCUUCUCCAUUGAAUCUCAUCGACUGGUUGAACGUCUGUUACGCCCUCGUUAUUGUCAUCUUAUGGGGGUUACAGAUAAGCGCAAUCAAUGGAUUGCACACAAUGCUCCUCCUGGCAAACCCAGAUACCCCAGGCAGCUUCGGCAGUGAGGCCGCGAUGGGUGCUUAUUUUGACCAGGUUGAGAGCGUCUGCCUUGGCCAGACGUCUCUUCGACGGAUCUUAGCAUUCUAUCCACUUGUAAUUAUCUCUGGUUUCAUGAAGCCCUUCAGCGCUCAACCAAGACUUGGUGUGAUGACGAGGACCUUGUCGGCAGCGGCAGUGGACAUCGCCCACUUUUUCUUUGUGUUCAGCGUUGUGUUCGGCAUGUAUUCCAUAAUGGGCAUGGUGCUGUUUGGUGAAGAGUUAGUUGAGUUUGCGACCCUUCCCCGUGCAAUCACGAGCACUUUCCAUUGUUUGCUCGGAAACCUCGUGGGACAGGAGCAGUUGCCCGACGACGAGUUCCCGAUGGCGAGAGCUGGCCAGCUCGAGGCUGCGCUUUGGCUUUGGUCUUUCUGUUGGAUCAUCAACCUGAUCAUGCUGAACAUGCUGCUUGCCAUCGUGAUGGACACGUACGCCUCAGUGGUGUCCAACAUGCCUGCCGACGCAGAAACGCUCACGUCCCAAGCGGUGGAGAUAGCCACCCGCCUCUGGCACCAGGUGAAGUGGAAGUACGCCCCUCUGGAGAAGAUACUCAGCGUCGUGGACCCCAUCACGCUCGACGACGGCCCGGAGAAGGACGACGACGACGACGUGGACGUGCCGACCCUCAUCAGGGACUGCGACGACCGGAAUCUCUCACUGCCCACGGCGCAGGCUAUCGCCGUGGUCGAAGUCCGCACUGCUGGCGAGCCUGGUCGGCGGGCAAUCCACGUCGGAGACGACGAGGACGGUGAGGAUCGUCGAGAUGGAGAUCAAGGCGCUGCUGCAGAUCGUAGAGGCGAACAACGCCUUGCUGAGUGCGAGAGACGACCCUUUCGCCGGCGAUGAGCCCGACAACGAAGAGAGCGGCGGGACCAAGGCGAACAACGCCUUGCUGAGCGCGAGAGACGACCCUUUCACCGGCGCUGAUCCCGACGAAGCAGGGAGCGACGGGACCAAGGGCGACUCUGCGGCGGAGGACGGCGAGAGCCCCCGGGUUGCGAUAUAGCAGGCCCGAGUGCGUGGUGUGCUUCUCCUGUGGCACCCGUCUUCUCUUGCUCCUGCCGCUCAUCCUCGUCCUCCUCAGUUUCUCAUCCGGCUCGAUCUCCUUCUGCGCGCUGUAGAGCACCCACGGUGCCAGCGACAGACCGAAUCUGCCGCCUGCGUCGCAGUAGGGAACGGACAAAGGUCGCCGUGCCGACAGGUGGGGAGGCAGAUUGA